AAUCAACCACAGAUAUUUUAUUAAGAUACUAAAGCACUGUAUAUUUAAAAAAACAGCAACGCAAAGGCGGAAUUUAUUUUAGGUUUACUGAUUCGAACAAGAAAAUGUCUUUCCUCCUUCGCUCUUUAGACUCGGAGUAUAACCUUCUUAGCUUAUGGAAGGAAGUGUUCAAGCCAAAGUAAAGUAUUUAUCGUUAUAAUUUUCAUAUGCUGAACGGGAAAUACGUAGUUGUUCACAUCUAAAUUUAAAGAAAAAGUUAUGUCCGGUAUUUUCGAAAAAAUCCAAUGGGGGUUAUCGUUGGCACACAGCUGCGAUUACAAAAAAACGGCAGAAAGGAUGCCAGAAGGUGCUUAAAACUUAAAGAAAUAUUGACUCUUAUGCAAAUAAACUCUCGAAAUUAUAUAAAACUCGCGUUUGUCUUCACUUUUUCAAAAUAACUUGCAUCGACGUGUAUAAAUGAACAGAGAAAGGAAGUUCGAUAAGUAAUUGUGAGUAUUAAAGAUGAAAAAUUGGCCGGUAAUUCACUUGGUUUUAACAUUUCAAGCUGUUGCUGCAAUCUUUCUUAAUUCCGUCGUUAUUUAUCUAUUUAUGACGAGAAAAUAUCUCAGAAAUGUGAAUUCCAAUGUAUUUCUCUUGAGUCUAUCCAUUUCCGAUCUCUUUUUUCAUCCUCGACAGUUCCAUUGUUAAUAAAAUGUGAACAAAUGGCAAACAAUCCACCUCCGUUACUUGUCUGCUAUAUUCACGACUACGUUAUCACAUAUUUUGGUUAUACAACCGUUUAUCAUAUUCUACUGGGCAUUACGGAAAAACUCUUUGCAAUUUGUUAUGCUAUAAAACAUCAUUUGAGGUUUUGCAAGUCAAUGGCAAUUAAACUGAGUGUAUUUGUAUGGUUUUUGUCUUUCCUCUUUGCUCACAUUCCAAUUUGGUGGGAUUAUAUUCUUUACUCAAAGAAGAUGGAGACACAUAAUGAUGAGCAUAAUGCUUUCUUAAAGUUUCAUUUUGCCAGUGGAUAUGCCAUGCCUUUUGUCAUGUCUUCAUUCAUGUGCUUUGUCAUAUUACGUAAAAUAAUAAAAGUAUCAAGGCUUAGACAAAGCCAGAGAUGUUAUAGAAGCACAAGAUUUUCCAAAGAAAAACAGGCCGCACUAGCAUUUGCAAUAAUGCUUGGGACAUUCCUGUUGUCAUGGUCACCAUGGUUCCUAGCUCGAAUAGAUGCCAUACAAAUGAGUGAGAAAAUGUACUUUUUUGUUGUAGUAACAAGAUAUUUAGUUCCAAUACUAAACCCAUUAUUGUAUUCACUUUGGAAGAAUGAUUUUCGUAAAGCUUUCAAAAGCAUGAUUAAAAAGAAGGUUAGAAGCAACAGCUUUAUAACUGCACGUCAUGAAUGCCACAAUAUUGAACAGAUGCCAUCUCCCACAGUUGAUCGACAAAUGUCACGUGGUUGUUUGGACGAUAUGACGUCACAGUUUGAUUCUGUUUGAAAUAAGUCAUCGCCAAAAUUACUGUUAUAAGUAGGAUUGAGUAGUUUUAAAGUAGGUUUUAUCAUCAAAAAUGCAAGAUGACGCACCACAAAUUUAAAAAAAAACAAAGUAAUUAGAUCAUAGGUUCUUCAGACUACGACAGCAUGCCAAUAAAUAACGUAAUACUUACAAAAUUUCGCAGAACUUCCAACAUUGAACUGUAAACUUGAUGAAUGAAUCGUGCAACACAAGACAGGACAUCUUCGCUCACAAACAAUUCUUUCCUUAUCCAAGAGAACUUUUACAAUUAACUUUAAUCACAUGUAUGAGUUAUAAUCUGUGAAUUUUAACGAUAAUAAUUCAAUAAAAUGUUGAAAUAAAAA